AUGCUGCAGUUGAUGGAAGUCGACUUUUCCAGUCCGGUGCCGCUCGCAGUCAACAACGGCGCCAACGUCUUCUACUCCCUCGACUUCAAGAAAGACGUCACGGAGUUUAUUUUGGAUCCUCAAGAAAGUGGAAAGUUGCUCGGAAACACCGCAGGGCUUUCGGCGGCGGGUUUGGUCUUCUUCGACUCUUCCGCGACGGACAUGUCGACGCUGAUCUCCGGGGAGGCCAGGCUCGUCGGCGGGGAAGCUGGGGUGUACGCGGCGGACAGCGCGAUCUGCGCAGCAGCGCUUCACGCCGGAGUCAGCAGCAGAGCAGCAGCAGCAGCAGCAGCAGCAGCAGCAGUUCGAAUUGUUGCUGCUGCUGCGGAGUUCGAGGGCUCCGACGCAAACGGAGUUCUCUCCAGCAGCCGCUUGGGGCCCCAAAGGGUCAGGGCCUUCACUGUCGAGCCCGCAACCAAGCAGUGCCCCCUCGACGACGCGCAAACCAGCAGCAGCAGCAGCAGCAGCAGCAGCAGCAGCAGCAGCAGCAGCAGCAGCAGCAGCGGCGUCAGCACCGCAGGUGGGACUGCCAGCGGCAGCAGCGGAGUCGGCACUCCCAGCAGCAGCAGCAGCAGCAGCAGCAGCAGCUUUCUGGAGCUGCACGCUCCCCCGCCUGUGUCUCCGACUCCAUCAACUAGCCCAGCCUUUCCGCCAGCUGCUGCAGCAGCAACUUCGCGGCUUGUAGCCCCCGCUGCAGGAGCAGCAGCAGCACCUGCUGCAGCAGCAGCACCCGCAGCUGCAGCAGGGGCAGCCCCGCUUUCCUCCGCAGCAGCAGCAGCGCCCGCAGCAGCAGCAGCAGCGCCUGCUGCAGCAGCAGCGCCUGCUGCUGCAGCAGCAGCGCCUGCUGCUGCUGCUGGCUCGUCUGCUGCAGCGCGAGCAGCAGCAACUGUGGCGGAAGACUUGAACGAAGCAACAACAGUUGCAAUAAAUGAGCUGUCUUUGAUUUUGUCGCAGCAGCUGGGCGGCCUGGACUCUGGAGUGGUGGAGGCGGUGAUCUCCGGCGCGCGCGCGCAGCUGAAGCCUGCGGAGCGCAUGCAGCAGCGGCUCGAGAUCGCGGCAAAAGAAACCCUCGGAGAGGCCGAGCAGCUCGAGGCUCGCCUCCAGCGAGUCUCGGGCAAAGUGUCGCAGGCCCUCGAGGCGAGCUCCGCGGAACUGCAGGCAAACCUCCGGAAAAGAGCCGCGCAGUCCGCCGCCGACCCGUGGAGUCUGGAGGCGGCGAAGAGCUUGCCGGUGGCGGAGGUGUUUCAGAUCUUCAACUCGAAGCUGACAGUGGGCAGCAGCAAGUGGAAGAUCGCGGCCACGCGCGGCCCCCCCGACAGCCAACACGCCCUCUGCCAGGCCUCCCCCAUUUCCCCCCAACUCCCCAACACUGCAGGCGCCGGCACUUUUGCAAUUUUGAAAGAAAAGGAGUUUUUCAAUUUCGAGUUUUCCGGCCAAGUCCGAGCCUCGGGGGCGGGCUCGCGCAGCAACGGCGGCUUCAAACGGCUGCUGCGCAUCGUCAACGGCGCCCCCACGGAAGCAGCAAGAGUUGAAGACGGGGGCUUUCUGGAGGACCAGUGGUACAGCAUAAGGCUGCGGAAGGUGCAGCAGCGGAUUUCAAUAGCAGUGGCGGAGGUCCCGGAGGCUGCUGCUGCUGCUGCUGCGCCUGCUGCUGCAGCAGCAGCUGCUGCUGCUGCUGCUGCGGGCCUUGCUGCAGGCGCAGCUGCUGCUGCAGACAUCGAUGUCCUCGACGGCUCUUUUGCUUCCGGCUCGCUCGCCUUCUACACCAGCGCCGUCAACUCCGCCUGCUUCCGAGGCCUCACCAUAAAGCCCAUUCCAUGCAGCAGCAGCAGCAGCAGCAGCAGCAGCAGCAGCAGCAGCAGCGAGCAGCCUUUGCUGCCUCCCUAUCCCCCCGUCUGCAGCACCUACAGGGAAUCCUUUGUGGGGCAAGUCUCCGAUGACUGGCACGCAAUCGAUCCCGACUCCAGCAGCACUCCUUCGCACUGGCGGCACGCGGCAGACAUUGGGGGGCAGCACAAGACCAUUGCGCAAAUGGCAGCAGCGGGCGGAGAGAAAGACAAAGAGCCCGCAGUGCUGGCCCUCGCUCGCCAUCGCUCUUGUGACGAGGGGCAGUUCUCUUUCAACUUCUUUCCUCAGUGUGACGGAGUUGUGGGGGCGGCCUUCAACUUGGUGGACAAAGAGAAUUACUUUUUGUUCGAAAUGGCUGCGGACUUCGCGCGAAUUCGCAAAAGAGUCCGCGGGGUCUUCAGCACUGUGGCCAAGUCCGGCUUGUGGGGCUUCAAGAUGGGGACUUGGAACUCCAUCAAGCUCAACUUCUCCGCAGACCGCGUGGUCGUCCGCAGCAGCAGCAGCAGCAGCAGCAGCAGCAGCAGCAGCAGCAGCGGCAGCAGCAGCAGCAGCAGCGGCAGCAGCAGCAGCAGCGCCGCGCUGCCGGUGUUCAGCAUCGCCCGGAGCGACGCAUCCCGCAAACGAGCCCCUCCCUCCCCCCCAGCAGCUGCCCGACUUCCAGCAGCUGCCGCUGGGGCUGCGGCGCUGCGUCGGGGCGGCCUCGUGGCCCGCGAGGAUCCACGCCUGCAGCAGCAGCAGCAGCAGCAGCAGCAGCAGCAGCAGCAGCAGCAGCAGCAGCAGCGGGGAGCAUUUCUGCAGCAGGUGCUGCGCGUUGGAGUUUCCGAACUCGGAAAAGGCGCGAAAGACUUGCGGGAAAUUUUGCGAAGAAGAAAAAAAAGAAAAUUCUUUUUCGGUUUGCCAACAGCUGCAGACUUUGAAGGAAACUUGCGCAGGCAGUGA